UGUGUAGUAUUGUUGUGUUUAGCAUGAAUGAAGUUGACUCAGAAAGCAUGCUGUCAGUACUUACAAACACGUUGUCUUGUGAAGUCGGAAUUAUCACUCAAAGAAAAAUGCCAAGAGUUGUGCCUGAUCAAAGAUCGACUUUUGAUAAUGAUGAACUCUUUCGAAGACUUAGUAGAGAAUGUGAGGUAAAAUACACGGGAUUCCGAGAUCGGCCCUUGGAGGAAAGACAGUUACGAUUUCAAACGGAAUGUAGGGAGGGUCACGCCGAUAUAGCCUUUGUAGCCACGGGUACAAAUUUACAGUUAAAUUUUGAAUCCAAUGCUUGGUCAGACAAAGAUGAGGAUAGAAUACCUACUAGGGAAUAUGUUGAUUUUGAGAGAGAACCUGGCAAGGUCCACCUAAAGUCCCAGUUUAUCAUGAAUGGAGUAUGUGUUAUAUGGAGGGGAUGGAUAGACCUACACAGAUUAGAUGGAAUAGGCUGUAUAGAGUUUGACUCAGAGAGAGCUGAGGUUGAGGACCAACUGUAUCGCCAACAAAUAGAACAGUACAACCAAAGGUUACGGGAGUUUGAGGAACGACAUAGACAGUAUCAAGAGCAACAGGAGAGACGAUCCCAUGAUGAGCAGGAGUUUUAUUGAAAUGCAGAUACAAUGACCUUGCUAAUGUCACUCUGGAAGAAAAAAAAAAUAUUUCUGAACGUUACUCCUGAAUGCUCAAAUGACCCCAAAAAAGCCUGCUCUGAUCCAUCUUCUGUGUCUGUCCAUUUCAGGAGGGUUUUUGAUAAACACCUAGGCUAGGUCAGACACACAUGGAGCUGGUAAAAUGAGUAUCCCCACGGGAUCUUUGUAAACCUAGUAACCACAGUGUGCGUGACUAUCUUUAUCAACCUUUCAUGGACAACUUUGGGAUUCGUACAUUCUUUAGUGCUUUCAAUACUUCAUUUUUCAUGAAGAACAAAAACUAUUGCUAUUUUUUUAUUUUCUGCUGAAAAGCAUUAACAUUGUAAAAUGUUUUGGAGUUGUUGCAUGUUUUUCGUGAUUGUUAGGAAACCAAAUCAUACUCAUUUGCCAGUUCUUCAGCAUUGGAAUAUGUUAUGCUUUAUUAUUUUGUUUAUAUUUUGUUUUAGAAAACUUUUGUUGCUAUGGUGAUAUUUAAAUCUUGAGUGAACUCAAUGUAAAGUUUAUUUAAAUUAAGAUUCAUCACAAUAUGUGUUCAUAUUGCAUAAAUAUAGUUUAUUCCCCAUUAUAGAGAAAUGUACAUUGAUGUGUGUGUAUAAGGGUAUACAUUAUAGCUUGUGUGAUAUCUGGAGAUAAUGUACUAUGUUAAAAGUGAUACAUGAUGCUCAAGGAACUCUUAUAAGCAAGAGAAUCAAAUUUUAUUGUAUAUAGAAAAGUUUAUAAAUGUAUUGUUAAUGUUGCACAUUCUAGUCAUUGAGGUGUCAAUAUAUCAUUUGAACAAUUCAUUUCAUCUCAUGCAGAUUUUUUAAAAGAUUUUAUAGUUUUCUUUUAUACCCUUAUAAUUUUAGCCUAAUCUGUGCUGUAAACACAAAACUUUCCUGUUCAGUUGGAUAUACUGAUGAAUGUAUUUCACUGAGCUCCUAUCAUUUUAAAAAUUGGGAUUUUAAGGCAAAACAUAUUUUAACAGAUUAAUUAAAGCAGAUCUAAUUGAUAUUUAUCUACAAGUGUGGUCUGUUUCCAAGAACAGCAACUCUGAGUGAAGUUAAAGAAGUUUCAGAAAAGUUUGGUUCUUUUCUGACACGUCCCAUUCCAUCACAUCUGCACUCUUGUGCACAAAUGCAGAAAAAUCAAUAAAUUUUGCAUCCAAAUUUAGAGUUAUUCCCCUUAAUUUAGCUGCAUGCAGUACUGUGCAAUAUGCAGGAGAAGAUACCUUGUCAUUUGACAUAGAACUUGAUGAUUGGAUAAAACACCAUAUUUGUUAAAAGAUACACUGAUUGAAUUAUAUAUGAAUUUUUAUAUUAAUAAAAAUGUUAUAUUUUGUU